CUCGGCAACUCUUUUUCUCCGGCCACAGUGUUCUAUUUUUUGACGGACACAACGCAUGCGCGCAUGCGGACACUUACAUUUUUCCAGGAAAUUCAGCUGUUAAACAGAAAUGCCGAAAAAAAGCAAAUUGAAGAGAGCUUCUAAGGCUAAGAGGCGCCAGCCAACCCAAUCGAAACCAAUUGAUCCACAGGCCGGCAUUUUGAAUCCUCAUUUUACACGUUCGAGGGUGCUUCCUGUCUCCAACGGAGUCGAGGAGGUACCGGUCUUCGCCCUCUGCUAUCACUCCGUUGGAGAGCUACCAGAGUCGGAGCUCAAUGCCCCGGGGAGCAGGAAUUGCCCUCGCGGAGAUGUCAUGCAGAAUACUGAUUCAAAAGUGACCGAAAAUAAUGUCCACCUAAGUGCCUAUCUGGAGGAGUGGCGCCCCGAUUUGAAAAGUGUCUUCGGCGAGAAAGACGAUGUGACAUCCGCAGGUUCUCAGACCAUUCCCAGCACAGCUAAAUACAAAAUGCCAGAUCAGUUCCCGAUAAUGGCCACAAACCGGGACUCAAUGAGCUGCCUCAGCCAAAACGGUGCCUCUGGCAUUCUCCUCGCAAAUGGGAAAAAUGGUGAUCCCUUGUGGAGUUCCAUUAGCGGAUUCUUGGCGACCAGGGAUCAUGGAUACUGCAAGACAGAGGCUCCGCGGAGCGUUUGGCACCCGGACAACCUCUGCGAUAGCGCCUUGAAGCAGAUCAUGGACUACGAGCACCCAGAUGCCAGCGCAAGCCUGGAGGAAGUGGAGCGUUUGCGAAACAUCGAGGCGAUCUGCAUGCGUCUGAGGGACCACGAUGUGCCGGGUCCGGCCGGUCUGAUCCAGGGACCCGUAAGCUUUGAUGAAAUCUUCGAGGUUCUGGGAAUGGAACAGGAGCAGCCACAAGCUGAACACAUCGCCAACACCAGUUCCGGCACGCAGGUUGCACCGAACAAUUGGAAAAAGUUUGAUUACGAGACCAAGGGAGGACGAGGACAAUACCUCGAUCAUGUUAAUAAGGUCACUAAGAUGAAAGCGACAAAGGAAGAUGAUUUCAUUGAUGUCGAGACCAUCUCAGAGGAUGAAAAUCCAGUGGAACCGGCUGGCGAAGAAAUAGACUCCAACAUCGAUCUCGGCCUCGACUUCGACUUCAACUUCGACUUCAACAUUGACUCCGACUCCGUUUAAAAGUAAACGACUUCCCCCGGACUUAAAGUAAAUGACGAUCUUAUUCGUUUUUUUCUUAUUUUAUAUUCCGUUAAAAAUUAAUAUAACAUAUUUUUGUGUUGAU